ACCAUGCAAAGGCAACAGCUGUUUCCUUAUUUGAACCUUCUUUGUUACGUCUUUCAAGUCAAAUAAGUCAUAAUCUCUCUUACCAACUUCACUAGCCGCCUUUCCUUAUCCAUUUUUGACAUUUUAACAUCUCAUACAUUUUGCACUAUAAAUAACCUCCCCAUGCAUAACAUUAUGUUAUAUCAUCAUCAAACAAUAAGUUUACAACUUUACAUACAAAGUAUAAUACUCUCUCUAUAUGGCUUCUUCUACUAUGUUUAGUGUUCUUCUAUUUGCUUCUUUAGUUGUCGCGGUCUCGGCCGCCGGUAAUUUGAAUCAGAAUUUCGAUAUCACUUGGGGUGACGGUCGUGCCAAUAUUCUAAACAAUGGUGAACUCCUUACCCUUACUCUUGACAAGACUUCCGGGUCCGGUUUCCAGUCUAAGAACGAAUACCUCUUUGGAAAAAUCGAUAUGCAGAUUAAGCUCGUUCAGGGGAACUCUGCUGGUACCGUAACUGCUUACUAUUUAUCAUCAGAAGGAGCCACACAUGAUGAGAUAGACUUUGAAUUCUUGGGUAAUGUGACAGGUCAGCCGUACACUCUUCAUACCAAUGUUUUUACACAAGGAAAAGGCGAUCGUGAACAACAAUUCCGUCUAUGGUUUGAUCCUACUGCCGAUUUCCACACCUACUCCAUCCUCUGGAAUCCCCAAAGAAUUGUAUUUUCUGUAGAUGGAACACCUAUUAGAGAAUUCAAAAACAUGGAAUCAAUUGGAAUCCCAUUCCCAAAGAACCAAGCAAUGAGGAUAUACUCAAGCCUAUGGGAUGCCGAAGACUGGGCAACCCAAGGCGGGCGGGUCAAAACAGAUUGGGCCAAAGCUCCGUUUAUGGCUUCAUACAGGCACUUCAAUGCUGAUAAUGCUUGUGUUUCAACCAACGGUCGAACCACCUGUAACACCGCCUCGUCGUGGAUGAACCAACAACUUGAUGCUACUAGCCAGAGUAGACUGCAAUGGGUGCAGAAAAAUUAUAUGAUUUAUAAUUAUUGUGUUGAUAUUCAGAGGUUUCCUCAGGGUUUGCCUAAAGAGUGCAGUGUUGCUUAAUUAGUCUUAGAAAAAAAAAAACUGGGUUCUGUUUUGCUGUAUUAAUCUUGUUUUUUGUAGUGUAACAAUUUGUUUUUGUACAAAAUGGGAUAUGGAGUAGUAUUUCAUUGUAGAGUCAAGUGGUAAUAAGGAAGUGUUGAAUGGAAAGGAAUAAUUGUGUUUUGUUAAA